CAGAUAUUCACUUCAAAUAGUUAAUUUCUUAAACUCAAAAUGCGUGCUUUUAUUGUUUUAUGUUUGGUUGGUGUGGUAUGUGCCGACAAAUUGGGUUACAACUAUCAACCUGUGGCCCACUCAGACAGCGGGCUCUCUUUCUCACCGGGAUCAGGUAGUCUUGCUCCCGCAGCAGCAUCCCAUGAUGCUGCUACCAGCCAUUCCGCUCCAGUUGCUGGAUAUGAAAAGGAAUUCUAUUCAUUCUCUGCUCCUGAAGGUGAAUUCAAUGAUAGCAAUGCUGCUCAACGUGCGGUCGAAAGUGUUAAGAAAGCUCUUCGUGUCAUAUUCAUCAAGGGUCCCGAAAAUCAAGGUCUUGAAAAUGCCGCUCUUGCUCUGGCUAAACAGGCUGCCCAACAACAGACUGCCAUCUAUGUUCUCAACAAACAGGCUGACAUCGGAGAUUUGGCCAACAAACUAAACAACCUUAACACUGGCAAGCAGCAAAAACCUGAAGUUCACUUUGUCAAAUAUCGUACCGCAGAAGAUGCAGCCAAUGCUCAACGUGCCAUCCAAGGCCAAUACGAUUCACUGGCUGGCAACUCACAUAGCAUUAAUGGUGGUGUUGCACCCGUUCUUAACUUUGCUUCUGCCCCUACAGCUGUCGGCGGCGCCAACCCACAAGUUCCACGAAAUGCUUAUUUGCCAACAUCGGUUUUCCGUUACUAAAACUGCUCAGCUAAAAAACCAAAUAUAUAUUGUAAUUGUUGACUACUUUUAUGUUUUUUUGUUUAAA